AUGGAAGAUCAUUACUAUGAGUGGCUUUUAUCUACUUUGCACGAGAAAAAAGCUUCAAUCCGCGUCCUCGAAACAGGAAUCUGCCGAGGCGACAAGCUAAAAGCUUGGUACGCAAACGAUGAAGCUGGAAAAAUAAUAGAGAAAUCUGCCAAAAAUCUAAAUACACGAUUUAUGCUGACUAAUUUUCUGAAUAUGCGAGCUCCAAUCCUUUAUGAAUAUGAGCCUGAUAAAGUAAUAGUCUAUCUUUACCAUACCCGAGGCCGUAAAGUUCUUACAGCACGAGACAUAGUCGAUCUUUCGAAAAACCAGCUCCAUGGUUUACAAGUCAGGAGUAUUCAUAUGGCCUUAUUAGAAACAUAUUCACGAAACAUUCUCAAAGUAAAAGUCUGACAAGAAUCAGGAGAGCUGCGAAGCGAAAUCAUGAUAGGAAAAUUCUAUAAAGAAGGUGGAAGGCCUGUCAAAGAUAUGGCAAUUAUUGAAAAAACUGAAGCUUUUACUAUAUUUAUUGCUGAGUUUAUUUAUCAAUUUACUAAUGAAUUGAUACAGAAGCUACAAUAUGACCUUGAAAUUGAUGGGAGUGGGCAUGUAUAUUUGAUAAGGGUAAAUAUGAUGGAAUAUGUUAAACAAAGCUUAAAAAAAGAAACGGUCACUAUGUCUAUGCUUGAAAUGCCUAGACAGUCACAAAGAAGGGUCACGCUAAGAUAUACUGAGCCUGUUUCUGAAGACGAAGAAGACGAUAAAAUUGGUAUGAAUUUAAUGCCAAUCCCUUCAUACAAAUCCUUAAAAAAACAAAAAGAUAAUACUGCAAAGCUUAAGCUGGAUUUAAAUCACCCACAAAAAGAACACAGUCCUCUCUUUAUAGACAUGAUGGCCAAGACUUUUGAAAAAAUAAGGCUUAAUGGGAUUUUUAAAGAAAAAAUUGACAUGAAAAGAAAGCUGCUAGAAACAAGCACAAGCUAUGGGAUUUUUCCAUGGAUGGUGCUAUUUUGGCCUUGAUUUUCCCACUAGGAAAAUUUUUUGGUUUGACGAAACCAUAUGGUACUAGUAGAACCAAAAAAUUUUUCCAGUGGGAAAAUCAAGACCAUACUGCGCCAUCCAUAGGGAAUUGCAAUACAAAAUCCCAGCACUUGACUUGAAUUUUAUUAAAAAAAUCCGCAAAGAAACAAAAAAAAUUAAAACUUUGAAAGAUUUAAUAAACACUUUAGGAGCUGAAAGACUAGAAAAAAAGACGAAAGAGUUCGAAGAAAUCAAUGAGCUGCACGAAAUCAAUAUAAAUCAGCAGCUGGCGUUUACACCUCUGCCAACUUCAAAAAUGGCAACCCCAAAACCAUCUGAUUUAGAAUUAACGACUGCAUUAGCUUCACAGGCUUAUUUAACAGAAAGAAUAAAUUCCCAGCAAGACCCAAUUUCACCAACCAAUGUAUACAAAAAAGGACUAAACACCAGUCGAUUACUUCAGCUUUAUAUAGAAGAAAAAGACAUGCUUUAUUCCCACAAGUACUCUAACACCCCUUAUCAAAGAGGCUCAAGCUUUUCUCGAUCCUCAAGGAGGAUUGGGCUAAAUUCCCCAUUAACAGCAAGAUCAGCACGUAGGAAUUUGGAUUUUUAA